AUGGGCAAGCAAGGAAAGUCCAAAGCUACUAGCAAGAAGGAACAGCGCCCUACGCCUUACCCCAAGAAGGCCAAGGUGGACGUUACCUAUGACGACCAGAAGAAAUCUUCCAAGGCUGGAGACAAGAAGGGCCCUGCGGCCAAACCUGCGCCCAAGCCCAAGCCCAAGCAGGUAACGGUGCAAGCGCCCAAGAAGAAGAAAGAGGAGAAGGAGGUGGAGAUUGUGGAAGAAAAGCCCAAGACAAACAAGGGUAAACAGCCCGCGGCCGGACCUUCGACAUUCAUCAUCUGUGCGGGGUCCUACGAGAAGAUUUUGUACGGUAUUGAGGGGUCUUAUCCUGAAUCUGAAGAAGUGGCUGUACCGGAGCUCGAACCUGCAUUCAUCUUCCCCGCGCAUUUGGCGUGUGUCAAGGCGGUCGCGGCCAGUCCGGGAGGCAAGUGGUUGGCGACGGGGAGUGUGGACGAGUAUGUGAAGGUUUGGGAUUUGAGGAGGAGGAAGGAGGUUGGAUCUUUGUCACAGCACACUGAAUCGAUAACGUCCCUCCACUUCCCCACCCCCUCUCACCUCCUCACCACUUCUGCCGAUUCCACCCUUUCCCUGUUCCGUACUUCCGACUGGACUCUCCUCAAGACCCUCAAGGGACACAGUGGGAGGGUCAACCAGGUGGAUGUGCACCCGACCGGAAGGGUUGCAUUGAGUGUGGGAAAGGACAAGACGUUGAAGAUGUGGGAUUUGAUGAGAGGACGAGGAGCUGCCAGUCUGCCGUUGGGAGAAGAAGCGGAGCUUGUCAAGUUUUCCGACGCCGGAACACAUUUCGCCGUCCUCUUCCCUCACAGAAUUCAGAUUUACUCUCUCACUCUCAAGCUUUUGAAAACAAUCUCCACCAAAUCCCGAUUCAACACCCUCCUCUUUGCCACCCUCCCUGCUCCUUCGCCGGAAGAAGAUGACACUGAGCUGCUUUGUAUUGGUACGGAAAAGGGAAUUAUCGAGGUGCACAGGGUUGAGAUUGGGGGUGAUGAAGAGAGUGACGAGGAGGAUGAAGAGGAGGAUGAGAAGAAGGAUGAGGGAGGCAAGGGCGCCGAGUUGGACCGGGUUGCGACUCUUGUGGGGCACACCAACAGGCAAGACAUUUCUUCUCUCCCCUUCACCGUCCCUACGCCCUCUGGCCCCCGCCCCACCGUCCUCCUCUCUUCCGUCUCUUCUGACGGCUUCAUCAACCUCUACGACCUCGCCCAAACGCUCGACAAGGAGGAAGACGGCGAGGAGAACAAGAUCGAGCCCUCUGCCAAGUACGAUACCAAGGGCACCAGGCUGACCUGUGUCUUCCUUGCGGACGGACAGGAAGCUGCCAAGAUCAAGAAGGUCAAGGAGGAGAUUGUCAGCGAGGACGAGGACGAGAGUGAAGACGAGGCCGCCGACUUUUACGGCAGCGAGCAGGGAAGUGAUGAGGAGAGCGAGGAUGAGGAGGAGGGCAGCAUGGAGGUGGAAUUCGAGGACGAGGAGGAAGCGGAGGAAGAGGGCGAGUACGAGUAG